AUGCCAGUCAAUCGCGGUCACCUCCUCACGCUUCUCUGGGCAGGUAGCGCUUACGCGCUGUUCCCUGACUGUGUUAAUGGCCCGCUGAAGAACAACACUCUAUGCAACACAUCCGCAUCACCGGCUGAGCGAGCCAGGGCUUUGGUUUCACUCUAUACGCUAGAGGAGAAAAUCAACGCCACGGGCAGCACUGCACCAGGUGUUCCUCGCCUGGGUAUACCGCCCUACGAAUGGUGGUCUGAGGGGCUUCACGGCAUAGCUGGACCUUUCACCAACUUUUCCGAUGAGGGCGACUACAGCUACUCGACAUCGUUCCCGCAACCUAUUCUUAUGGGUGCAGCGUUCGAUGACGAGCUGAUAACAGCUGUGGCUACUGUGAUAUCGACCGAGGCCAGAGCAUUCAACAACGCCAACCGGACGGGUCUUGACUUCUGGACGCCGAACAUUAACCCUUUUAGGGAUCCUCGAUGGGGCCGAGGACAGGAAACACCUGGAGAGGAUCCGUACCAUCUUUCAUCAUAUGUCCACGCCUUGAUCAAAGGACUGCAAGGCGAUGCCAGCGACCCGUAUAAGAGAGUCGUUGCCACCUGCAAGCACUUUGCUGGGUAUGACGUCGAAAGCUGGAAUGGCAACCUCCGGUACCAAUUCGACGCUCAGAUCUCGCAGCAGGAUCUUGUUGAAUAUUACUUGCCCCCCUUCCAGAGCUGUGCACGUGACUCCAAUGUCGGAGCGUUCAUGUGCUCCUACAAUUCCGUAAAUGGCGUGCCGACUUGUGCCGAUCCUUACCUUCUUCAGACCAUCCUUCGUGAGCACUGGGGCUGGACGAACGAAGAGCAGUGGGUUACUAGUGAUUGCGAUGCUGUGCAAAAUAUCUUUUUACCUCACCAAUGGAGCUCUUCCCGCGAGCAAGCUGCUGCCGAUGCGCUCAUCGCCGGUACGGAUGUCAAUUGCGGUACCUACAUGCCUGACCACCUACCCAGUGCGUUUGCCCAGGGAUUGGUCAACGAGACUGUGCUUGACCAGGCUUUGGUCCGCCAGUAUUCGUCCUUGGUUCGUUUGGGGUACUUUGACGCGCCUGAGAACCAGCCUUACCGCCAACUCGGUUUUGAGUCUGUGGCAACCAAUGCCUCGCAACAGCUUGCCUACAAGGCUGCGGUAGAAGGCAUUGUCCUGCUCAAGAACGAUGGCGUGCUACCCCUGUCCCUGGAUUCGUCCACGUCUCUCGGCCUUUUUGGCGACUGGGCUAAUGCUACAUCCGACCUACUGGGCAACUAUGCGGGCAUCUCGACCUAUCUCCACAGCCCGCUCUGGGCAGCCCAACAGCUCAACGUCACAGUCAACUAUGCCCAAGGACCCGGGGGCCAGGGUGACCCAACUACUGGAUCAUGGCUUUCGAUCUGGCCGGCCGCCGAUGCUAGCGAUGUGAUCAUCUACGUUGGUGGUAUCAACAACGGCGUCGAGGCAGAGGGCAUGGACCGCGGCUCUAUUGCAUGGACCGGCGCACAGCUUGACGUGAUCGGACAACUUGCCCAGCAAGGUAAGCCAAUGGUCGUCGUGCAGAUGGGUGGGGGACAAAUUGAUUCGUCGCCGAUUGCAAACAACCCCAACAUCUCGGCAUUGCUUUGGGGCGGCUACCCUGGGCAAGACGGAGGCGUUGCUAUCCUGGACAUCAUCACUGGAAAGGCCGCGCCGGCAGGUCGCCUGCCUACAACCCAGUACCCGGCGUCCUUCAUCAACGAGGUGCCCAUGACAGACAUGUCUCUUAGGCCAGGCCGUAGCAACCCUGGGCGCACGUAUAAGUGGUACAACGGCACUGCUGUAUUCGAGUUCGGAACUGGCUUGCACUACACCAACUUUACUGCCUCUAUCAAGUCUAACACAUCUUCUUCCUACGCUAUCUCGGAUCUGAUGACCAUUUGCAAGGACUCGAACGCAAAGUAUCCUGAUCUGUGCUCCUUCGGCGCACCGGUCCAGGUCGAAGUCACCAACACGGGAAAGACAACUUCAGACUACGUCACCCUUGCCUACCUCGCUGGUAACUUUGGCCCUGCGCCGCACCCGAAGAAGUCGCUUGUUUCGUAUCAGCGUCUUUUCGCCAUCAACGGAGGCUCUUCGGAUACCGCCAACCUUAACCUCACCCUUGGAUCGUUGGCGCGCGUCGACGAAAAGGGCAACAAGGUCUUGUACCCUGGUGACUACUCUCUGCUCAUCGACAACAAACCCUUGACUAUGCUCAACUUCACUUUAACUGGCGACCAAGUCAUACUUGAAAACUGGCCUCAGCCUCCCACGAACCGCACCGGGAAGGGUGUGAGCGGGUUUGAGGGAUACUUCGUGGGCGGGUAUGGAAGCGACCAGAAGCCUGUAUCUAUUGGCUACUAG